CCAAUAACAGCAGCUACACUGUUGCAGAUCCUGCUGGAGAGACGAUCUCUUUUUGGUCCUCGGCGGGCUCUGUAGCACGCAGUUCAACAACGUGCGAGCAGAAAAGUGUGAGGACUUUUGAUUUGAACAGCUACAUCUGGUGCUAACAGCGACUCAACAUUAAUCAUGGCAGAAAAUGAAGAGAUGUCUCCACUUGAGAUUAAAGUGGCACGACAAAUAGAGUACUACUUUGGGGAUCACAAUCUUCCGAGAGACAAGUUUCUCAAAGAACAACUGCAACUUGAUGAUGGCUGGGUGACUUUGGAGACGAUGCUUAAAUUCAACAGACUGAAGUCUUUAACUGAAGAAUGCAGCGUCAUCGUUGCAGCUCUCCAGAAAUCAAAGACUGGCCUCUUAGAACUCAGCGAAGACAAGACUAAAGUCAGGAGGUCUCCAGAAAAACCCUUACCCGAACUGAAUGACGAAUACAAAGACGCUGUUAAACACAAAUCUGUGUACAUUAAAGGUUUUCCUCUCGAAACUACCCUUGAUGAGAUUCAGGAGUGGCUGAAUGGUAAAGGUGCCAUAGAAAACAUUCAGAUGAGGAGAAACCUGCAAAGGCAGUUCAAGGGAUCAGUGUUUAUCUGUUUUGACACAGAAGAGUCAUCUAAGCAGUUCCUAGAACGUUCAGACAUAAAGUCAUUCAAGGACAACGAGAUGCUUGUGUUAUCAAGAGAAGACUACCAUGCAAAGAAAGCAGAAGAGAGAAAACAUCACAAAGCAGAGAAUAAAGCAAAAGCUAAACAGGACAAGGAACAACAGCAGAAACACGCAGAAGAGAAAGAAAUGGGUCUGCUUUUGGAUGAACAAACGGGUUGCUUGUUGAAGUUUUCAGGAGAGCUUGAAGAUGUUUCAAGAGAGGACUUCCAUGAAUUGUUCUCUGGCCAUGGAAAGAUAAAGUGGGUUGAUUUUACAAGAGGAGCCAAAGAGGGCACGCUCCUGUUCGAUGGGAACGCAAAGGAUGCGUUCGAUAAGGCCAAAGAAGCAAAGGGAGGGGAAUUGAAAAUCAAGAACAACAGUGUUACAUGGCAGGUGCUUGAAGGGGAUGAGGAGAAAGAGGAACUGAAGAAGAUAAUCGAAGCUCAACAAGAAUCGUACAGCAGAUCCAAAAGCAGAGGCGGCAGAGGAAGAUCAGGUGGCAGAGGAAGAGGAGGCCGAAGGGGAAGAGGUGGCAGAGACCAAGGCAGAACUCAGUACAAGGGCAAAAAGACGAAAUUUGAUAGUGAUGAUGACGACGAUGCACCCGCAGCCCCAGCCCCAAAGAGAGAACUAGAAGACGCUGAAAGUCCUGCAGCAAAGGUUGCCAAAACUGAAAACGGAUCUUAGUUACAAGGUCACGCCCAGAAUAUUUCUUUUUUGAAAACAUUUAUUAUAAACAGUGAAAAUACAGAGGCAACUUAAAUCCAUUCCAGUGAAAGCGUCACGCCUUGGAGAAUCUUAUGAAGUCCACCUGGAUGUCAACCUAGAGAAGAAUUUACAAAGCUUGGUGUCAGUUUUCAGCUUUUUAAGUCCCUGUAAUAUUGUGCCUCUCACAUUGUGUACCUACGUUUGUCUUAAGAUCUUUGAUUUUAUCAUUCUACAUAAUUCUGCUCUUUUGACAGUAAUUUAAUUUCACCAACAAUUAGUUGGUUUUGUAAGACCUGUGUGACAUCCAGAAUCUGCCUGCCAUUUGUUUUGUUUUUUUCCCCCCCCUCAUGUAGAUUUCCUACACAGACUGAAAACAUCUGCUCUGCGAAAUUUUUAAGUUUGUAUAUGUGAAUAGCAAAUAAAACAUUUAUAAAAAUUAAA